AGUUCAGUUCAAGUUCGCGGCUCGAACGGUUCAGUUUGUCUUGUCUUUCCGCUCCGCCUACGGUAUCAACUCAGUAAAGGAUAACCCCAACCGACUUGCAGGAUAAUGCUUAAGCCCCGCUUCAGCUAGUGUGAUUGUGAAUUUGUUUACUCGAAAGUAUUUCUGUGCUACGAAACGAAAAGUUCCCAAAAACCCGAAAUCUAAUUAAUUUUCGGUCCAGUUUUAUCGUUCGUUCGGAGAUUUAUAAGCAUGUGGCCACCCAGAUCCUUUCUGUGGUUGGCUCUCGUCCUCCUGGUGGGCGUGGCUCGGGGACAGAGCAGCAGCCGGGAGCACUUCGAGGAUGCGGACAAGUCCAGCGAGUACACGGACCAGCAGUUCGACCUGCGGCACACGAUUCCCGGCGAACCUGGCCUCGACUAUCCCAUUUUGAGCUCCCCUCCCAAAACCAGCUUCGUAUGCAAGGGAAGACACGAAGGUUACUAUGCCGAUGUGGAGAGUCGUUGUCAGGCCUUCCGUAUUUGUGCCCACACUGCCCGGUCCGCCCAAGGCUUUGGCUUCCUCUGUCCCAACGGAACCCUCUUCAGUCAGAAGAACUUUGUGUGCGACUGGUACCGCAAUGUGAACUGCGACGACUCCGAGAGGUACUACGAAAUGAACGAGGAGAAGAUAGUGGGGAGCACCCACGAGAUGAUGGAGCGAGUCCGCCACAUGAUGGAGUACCCCAUGAAAACGAUUUCCAAGGCCUUGCAGCAAACCCAAUACCAGUCACAGAACCCACACCGCAGUCUAAGCAAGGAUCUGAGUGGAGCUAGUGGGGUUUUGAGCCAGCCAGCGGUUAUUAGGGCAACUGAUCCCCAGGAAACCCAAAUUGUGGGCCGUGGAGAAGCGGUCAAAAGUGAGCCACUGAAUGCAGUGAAAACAGGCAGCCCCGCCGAGGAAACUGAAGAUGAGGGAAUCUAUGUGAACAGCUUGGGAGAACUCUCCUCGGAUCCUGGCAUCCAGUUCGACCACACCAAUGCCCACAUCGUGGCGGAAUAUCCCAGGGAGUACCACUACCAGAAGCAAAAGAACUUUGCCGAGCGUGUGAAUGCCGGAUUGGAUAUCCAAACCGAUUCGGAGUCCACUUCCGGGGAAGUGAUGGCCCCCGAUUACAUCAAGCACAUUAGGAACACCAAGGAGGAGGCCGUGCAACUUGACCUUGUCUCGAACAUUAACAACCUGCUGGAUGAGGUAUCCACCGAUGUGGAUCCCUCCAUUUCCGGCUACCAAUCCAUGGCACCGCCCAAAGUAAAGCAGCCCUUCCGGUUUCUAAGUCGCGGGUUUUCGAUGCACAGUGAAAGUGGAAAGGGCAGCUCAUCCUCGGGCUAUGGCUAUGUGAAACCCAAACAAACGCCCAGCACUGUCAGAUUUACGCCCAAUGAGAUACCCACCGAAGAUCACAAGUCCAUUGAGCACAAGCACAGGUUUUCCAAAACCACAAGUACCAGUAGCACCACUUCCGCAACCACCGAACCAGCCACUGAAUCAGUGGAACAACUGCUGAUAGCUCCCACUUUGCCACCCGCUGAGGAUGAGGAAGUUAGCACCACAGGGGCACCGGAGACUACCUCCACCACAGCCGAAGAACUACUGGCUUUUCUGGCCCCACCACCGUCGGAAGUUGUGACCUCCGGGGAAGUACCGCCCAUCGAGUCCAUUGGCCAGGCAGCGGCCCUUACUGCCAGUUUGCCCAUCAGUGAGGAUAUUGUGCAAAUUGUGGAUCAGAGUCCCGAAACCGCCGAGAAGAACGAUGUGCAUCACGAGGCAGCCAAGCUGCUGCUGGCCGGAGUGCAACUCACCUCCCACAACGAAGAGAAGGCUUUGGAGAGGAACCAAGUAGAGGUUACUAGCAGCACAGCCCCCAGUCCAAUCACUCCGGCAAUGGUCACCGCCACGGAAGUGGUUACCGAGAUCAGUAGCACUCAGGAGCGCAUUCGCGGCUAUCGAAAGAAUCGUCCAGGAGCCAUGCUGAAACGGGCCCACAUUCGUCCUCUGCCCAUUGUGCGCACCACCACAGCAGCCACCACCCAGAGGAGCACCUCACCCACCAAGAGUUACCUGGAGCGUCUGGCAGCCAGUAGGUUGCGCCUCUCCAGGCUUUCCCAGGCCACCAGGAGCACCACAAGGGCGACAACAACAACAAUCACCAGCUCGCCAAGCACCACAACUUCGCCGACGACAACCACAACAAUUUCAUCGUUCCAACAAGUGCGUGCUGGUGCCGAACCGGGUCCAAACAAAAAGCUGACGGUGCGAGACAUCGAGCGGGAGACCAAGGUGGCCCCCAGCAAGGCCAGCUGGGAGUCGGUGCACAGCAACCUGCAACGCUUCCAGGUGCAACGCGGCAACCGAGUGUACACACCGGCAACACGAGCCUCCGCCAGCAGCAACCAUGCAGUGGUUACCAGCAGCUCUACCACCACUCCCAGGAGCUAUAUUGCGGCCACUUCUGCCCGAUCGACGGUCACCAUAAAUCGCGGAAAAAAUCGGUACUCAAACUUCAAGACCCAGGCCCCCGUGCAAAGAACCCGGGGAACCACCACGCCCAGGAGCACCACAUUGCGACCCACAUCUUCGCUCUCCUCGCUGAACCAACACAUCUCCGCUUUGGCAUCGAACUAUAACGGCGGCUAUAGCUACAGCCAGACACCUCAGAUUAGCCAGACACCACAGAUCAGCAAACCCAUCCAACAGUCACCAUCACAAGUUUACGCCACACAAACGACCAGCGAUAUCGCUGCCCACAACUCUCAAUCGCAAAUCUCAUCCAGCCUCUCUCCCGCCUCCGCUUUCCUUUCCUUCGAUAAGUUAACCCGUGCCAUUGUUGACGAAUCCGUUUUGCAGAAUUUCAAGAGUGCUCAGUCGCAGGGUUCCAAUCAACAGCAACAGCAGCAUCAGCAGCGCCAGCAGCAACAUCAAGUGGUUAGGCAGCAACAUCACUCGGUCAGCAACAGCUACGUGAAGCCAGCAACAGCAACAGCUGUUUCCAGUCUGACUGUUCCCCAACGCCCCCAGCAGACACCUCAGUUACCCGAGCUGUCUUCGAUCCCCGGAAUUGUGAUUGCCCGCGCUGAGGGUCAGCGUAUUGCUCCCAACUCCGCCAGCAACAUCAUUUCGAGCUUGGCAACUCAGGCACCAGUUACUAACAACCAAGGCAACUCCUAUAUUUCCCUAAACGACUUUCUGAGUAACAAGUUCGGUCAGAGUCCUGCAGCCACCAACAACAUCGCUCCUGUUGCCACCUUGCAACAGCAACAGCGCGUGCCGCAACAGCAGCAACAUUAUCAACAGCAAACUAUUCAGCAGCAACGCGUGCAAAAGCAGCCUGUACAGCAGCAGCAUGUUCAGCAGCAGCAACGACAGCCAGUUCAUCAGCAACACCAGACCGUACAGCAGCAACGUCAGCCUGUGCAACAGCAACAUCAGCAGCAGUUGAGCUACAUCUCGCAGCAAUACCAGCAGCCACAGCAGCAGAACAUCUACCAGCAAUACCAGCAGCUGCCGCAGCAGCAACAGCAACGUCCCACGAUCCACUCCAUCCAGCAACCCUAUCUCACUCCCAAUAUCUUCGUGCCCUACCAGCAGCAACAGCAGCAAUUGCCGCAGUUCCCGCCCUUGGCUCCGCCCGUGUCCGUUUCCACCGGAAACAUCGCACAGGGACCGGUGAUCGCCGGCCGCCAUGUGGACCACCUGAAUGUGCAACUACCCACGUUGGGCGCUGGCCUGAUACCCGGACUGCAGUUGGCCCAGAAGCGCAGCGACGUGUCGGCCAGUCAGCUGCAGCUCACGGACUCGAACGGCAAGGGCAGCCUCUCCGGAUCGGGCAAAAGCCGGGAACGGGCCUUCUACGCCGGACGCACAUCCUACGAUGUUCCCCAGAGCAGCGUGGGCCGACUGCCCAACGAUGUGACGCAGCCACUCCGCCGGCGGUUGCGACGCUUCUGAACGAGAUUCACCAGCUAGGACUAGACCUUAACUUAUAGCUAAAUUAGUAAACUAUUUAUGCCUUAGCUAAGUCGACAACUGUACUAUAGACAUC